AUGUGUCCCAAACGAACGAGCUCUACAACUGUCUGCCACAUCAGCCCAUGUUCACCACAGAGUCACCACAGAGCAGCAUCACAGAGUCAUCACAGAGUCAUCACAGUGUCACCACAGAGUCACCAUAGAGUCAUCACAGAGCUCAUCAGAGUUCAUCGGAGAGUCAUCAGAGUUAUCACAGAGCAGCAUCAGAGUCAUCACAGAGUCACCAUAGAGUCAUCACAGAGUCACCACAGAGCAGCAUCACAGAGUCAUCACAGUGUCACCAUAGAAUCAUCACAGAGUCAUCAGAGUCACGACAGAGCUCAUCAGAGUCAUCACAGAGUCACCACAGAGCGUCACCACAGAGCAGCAUCACAGAGUCAUCACAGUGUCACCAUAGAGUCACCACAGAGCAGCAUCACAGAGUCAUCACAGAGUCACGACAGAGCUCAUCAGAGUCAUCACAGAGCAGCAUCACAGAGCUCUGAUGCUGCUCUGUGUUCACGAGGGACAUACUGA